AACUCAUAGCCUUUCUUUCUCUCUCUGUCACUCCUCACCAUUUCUUGGAAUGUUGGCUACAAACCCUAGCCUCUUCUUCCCCACCAAACCCUCACCCUUCCGCUGCCGCGCUGCCACCGGCGACCUCCCUCGGGGCCCCACAUUCCCCCGCCUAAUCCAAUUCCCCUCCGCCGCUGCCGACGCGUCUUCUGUCGGCGUCCGAAUUGGCCAAGAUUCUGACCUCGAGGGCGGUAGCAGCGGGAGUUCUGGUGUUAAGGUGAACGCCAAGGAGAGGAAAUGGUCGCGCGAUAGAGAGAGCUAUUUGUUCGACAACGGCGACGCCCUCCCUCUCCCGAUGACUUAUCCCAAUUCGUCGCCUGUCUCGGCGGAGGAGAUUGACCGCAGGCUCCGAUGCGAUCCUGUAGUUGAGGAUUGCAAGGAAGUUGUGUAUGAAUGGACAGGAAAGUGCAAUAGUUGCCAAGGCUCAGGAUUUGUAAGUUAUUUCAACAAAAGAGGAAAGGAGACAGUCUGCAAAUGCAUACCCUGCCAAGGAAUCGUUACUGAGGCCAACAGGCAGUAGCUCAGCUGAACCAUUUUCCGGUGGCAUAAACAUUGUCCUCCGUCUACGUGUGUGUGUGGUGAGACAGAGAGAGUAAUAUAAAAAGUUACCUCGGAGGAGCUAUGAUAGUACAUUAACAACUAAUUUAUGUAAUUAUAUGUAUUUUGGUACUAUCCAGUCUAGUGUGACAUAAACGAUCUAAGUAUGUGAAACUUGAAACUACAUAGGUAGUUAUUGACAGUUAUGCCGAGUACCUUAAACUUACUGGUUAAUGUGGGACAAAGCAUCCAUCUGGUUUUAACUUUGAACUCUCGAGUUUAAAUAAUAUGCUCUCCUUUCAUCUUAUUUCAUC